GGCAAGUCACUUGUGAUAAACCUCUGCAAUUUCAAAGUGAUUUUCAACUUCAAUGGCUCUCUACCCAAGAACAUUCAACCCAACAGGAUCCUGGAUCAGGACUGAACAUCAGCCUCGGUUUCAGAGAAACCUGUCCUGUGUCAACACUGUUGAGGAAAACAGAAACACAGCGCCACUUUGGAUAUCUCCAUCAAAGCAGCAAUACCAAUAUAUGCGGUCUACACGGUUUUCUGCAAGUAAGUAUUGGAGGGAGUCUGGAGACAGGUGUGCUGUGGUCCAGGAGGAGCACCAUGGUAUGGUUAAGCUGCCCAUCUCAACACCUCAACACCUCACUUUCGUGGCCAAUGUUAACCAUCCACAGCCCAUCAGUGUCAAGAGCAACCAGGUGGCUCCUCCCAGACCUGUGGCAGUGGCUCCAGUGAGGAAGGAGGAGAACCUGACAUUUGUUGGGAACUUCACUCAUGCUCCAAACAUAACCCAGGACCAGCUAUUUGCCCUGCUGAAUUCACAAAAGGCCCCUGUCUCUGGGAAUGCAGGCAUCCGAGGUGUUGCAUCCACCCAGAAGACACCAGUCAAUCUCACUUGGCCCUGUAAUCGUGGCAGUGAGAUCAUGAAACAUGCCUACCCAUCUACAGUUGUUGAUCAGUUGACAGCGCAAGAGCAGGAGCUGCUGUCCGUCACUGCUGUUCAUCAGCCAGACACUGGUGGAUUGACCCAUGUGGGUACAAUCAACCCAUCCAGUAUGUCAUCUUCUGAGUGUGUGAUGUCUCUCAAAAAUGUGAUCAAGCCUGAUGCUGCGACUGCUUUGCGGCAGGAGGCUGGACGCCUUACAUUUGUGGGGAACUUCACUGCCUCUGCCACAGUACUUCAUGGUCAGCAACGCAUGAAGCCGAAGGAAGCCCAGGUGCCAGGCAGAGUCGCCCAGGAAGGAUUCAUUUCUCUGGGGGUUGGGCCCACUUGGUCCACCCCUGUAGCUCCUGCAGGUCUCCCCACUGGGGCCGGUGGUGAAAUCCCAACUUACUUUAAGAGUAGAGUCCAGUACAACCAAGUGGACUAUGUGAAAACAAUGGAGUACCACCGUGACAUGGCCUCCUACUACAGAGAGCUCAAGCGUAUGGCUGAGUACGUCCCAGUGAUGGAGGGGUCAGUGUGCCCUCACAAGCUCCAGACAGGAAGUGUCCGUCACAGGAGCUUUGGAUGAGCCUCUGCAGAAGACGUGGUGGGAAGACGCCUCAGAGGGCAUCGUUCUUCCUGAUGACGCUGUUGAGAAACUUGAUGCCAUUCCUGGCAUCUGGGAUUUGGCCAUACAGAUGGGCUUUCUGACUGUCUGCUAGGCAGAGGAUUGAAUACAUUUUUUAGU